UGGCUAUCUUCUUUAAUACGUACGUAGUAGUGUAAGAUAUAUAAUCGAUUAGAGAAAUGGGUGAUGAUUUCAGGGUUGACGAUUGUUUAGCGCAUCAGUGUUUGUUCAUAAUUGGAGUGAUCUGGCACUGGCUGGACCCCUUUUUGUCCUCAUACAGAUUCCAUCUAUGAAUCACUCCAACCAUCUACUUCAUACUCUAUCACUAGAUUCACUCUUUCUUUUUUCUUUUACCAUCAUUUAUAAAAUACAGUGACUCUAGAACCCAACAAGUACAAGAGAAGUGACUCGUUGCUUAACCCUUGUUGAGUGAGUGAGCAAGGGGAAUGGCGAUCUGAAAUUUCGGAUACUUUAAUUGCUUCUCGCUUUCACCGACCGAACUCAAUUUAUAGAUACUCCGUCAACCUCAAUCCCAACUAACUAGCAGUUCCUUGCUGCUGCUCCUUCUUCACCAUAUCGCAGUAAUGAAAGGUGCCGUCCUUGUUGCUAUUGCCGCUUCCAUUGGUAAUUUCCUCCAGGGAUGGGAUAAUGCUACCAUCGCCGGGGCUAUUGUUUACAUUAAGAAAGACCUUGCUUUGGAAACAACUAUGGAAGGGCUUGUGGUGGCCAUGUCCCUGAUUGGGGCAACGGUAAUCACCACAUGCUCUGGUCCCGUAGCCGAUUGGCUCGGUCGACGACCCAUGAUGAUAAUCUCAUCUGUGCUCUAUUUCUUGGGUGGUUUGGUGAUGCUGUGGUCCCCAAAUGUGUAUGUGUUGUGCCUAGCGAGGCUACUUGAUGGAUUUGGGAUUGGGCUUGCUGUGACCCUUGUCCCGGUCUAUAUAUCUGAAACAGCGCCGUCUGAGAUAAGAGGGUCGUUGAACACGCUUCCUCAGUUCAGUGGCUCUGGUGGAAUGUUUUUGUCCUACUGUAUGGUUUUUGGCAUGUCAUUGAGUCCCGCCCCUAGCUGGAGGCUCAUGCUUGGGGUUCUGUCUAUUCCUUCGCUCUUGUAUUUUGCAUUGACCAUUUUUUUCUUGCCCGAGUCUCCUCGCUGGCUGGUCAGCAAAGGAAGGAUGCUCGAGGCUAAGAAAGUGCUCCAAAGAUUGCGCGGAAGGGAGGAUGUGUCGGGCGAGAUGGCAUUGCUGGUUGAAGGUCUCGGGAUUGGGGGUGAUACAUCUAUAGAAGAGUACAUAAUUGGCCCUGCUGACAAGGUGGCUGAUGGUCAUGAACAUGCAACAGAGAAAGAUAAAAUUCGAUUAUAUGGAUCCCAAGCAGGCCUCUCUUGGUUAGCAAAACCUGUCACUGGACAGAGUUCUAUUGGCCUUGCAUCACGCCAUGGAAGCAUCAUCAACCAAAGCAUGCCACUCAUGGAUCCUCUAGUGACACUGUUUGGUAGCAUUCAUGAGAAGCUCCCCGAGACAGGAGCAGGAGGAAGCAUGCGAAGCACUCUGUUUCCAAAUUUUGGAAGCAUGUUCAGCACAGCUGAGCCGCAUGUUAAAAAUGAACAGUGGGAUGAAGAGAGCUUACAAAGGGAAGGUGAGGACUACAUGUCAGAUGCAGCUGAUGGGGACUCUGAUGAUAAUUUGCAUAGUCCUUUAAUCUCACGUCAAACAACAAGCCUUGAAAAAGACUUGCCUCCCCCUCCUUCCCAUGGCAGUAUCCUAGGCAGCAUGAGGCGUCACAGUAGUCUCAUGCAAGGGUCAGGUGAGCAAGGUGGUAGUACAGGCAUUGGUGGUGGCUGGCAACUUGCAUGGAAAUGGACUGAUAAAGAUGAGGAUGGAAAACAACAAGGAGGGUUUAAAAGGAUUUAUUUACAUGAGGAGGGAGUUUCUGCAUCUCAUCGUGGAUCCAUUGUAUCAAUUCCUGGUGAAGGUGAAUUUGUCCAGGCUGCUGCCUUAGUAAGCCAACCUGCUCUUUACUCCAAGGAGCUUAUCGAUGGACAUCCAGUUGGGCCUGCAAUGGUUCACCCAUCUGAGACAGCUUCAAAAGGGCCAAGUUGGAAAGCUCUUCUUGAACCAGGGGUUAAGCAUGCAUUGAUUGUUGGAGUUGGAAUACAAAUACUUCAGCAGUUUUCAGGGAUAAAUGGGGUUCUAUAUUACACACCUCAAAUCCUUGAAGAGGCUGGUGUUGAAGUUCUUCUUUCAGAUAUAGGCAUUGGCUCAGAGUCUGCAUCAUUCCUUAUCAGUGCUUUCACAACCUUCUUGAUGCUUCCAUGUAUAGGCGUAGCCAUGAAGCUCAUGGAUGUUUCAGGCAGAAGGCAGUUGCUACUUACUACAAUCCCCGUGUUGAUUGUGUCACUCAUUAUUUUGGUCAUUGGAAGCCUGGUAAAUUUUGGGAAUGUUGCCCAUGCAGCAAUCUCAACAGUAUGCGUUGUGGUUUAUUUCUGCUGCUUUGUGAUGGGUUAUGGACCAAUUCCAAACAUCCUUUGCUCAGAGAUUUUCCCCACUAGAGUGCGUGGCCUCUGCAUUGCUAUCUGUGCAUUAGUAUUCUGGAUUGGAGACAUCAUCAUCACAUAUUCGCUGCCUGUGAUGCUCAGCUCUUUAGGACUUGGUGGUGUAUUCGCCAUUUACGCAGUUGUUUGUUUCAUCUCGUGGAUAUUUGUGUUUUUGAAGGUUCCAGAAACAAAGGGCAUGCCCCUUGAAGUCAUCUCUGAAUUCUUUUCUGUUGGUGCAAAGCAGGCUGCUUCUGCCAAGAACGAGUGACACAACACAAGUCGUUAUAUACUCUGUAACUUUAGUGGCUAAAGCCAUCAUCUCUUGUCUUCACAGAUUUUGCUUGUCAUAAGUUUAUUUGGAGGAAGAUAUGUUGAAACAUAUGGAUGUAUUAUUCUUUCAUAAAUAUAAAAUUUUGCAUUUUUAGAGUGAAAA